GUCAUUGUUGAUCAUUUCAUACUAUUCAAUCUUUAGACUCCAAGCUACUUUCUUCAAAUCCAAGAAAACAAAAUGGUGAGAUUUGCGAUUGCCAUUGGCAUUUUUGUGGCCUGCCUUGCGGUGGCAGAGCCCAAUACGUCACCUUCAUCAGCUCCAUCGCCCUCAGCGGGUUGCUCCACAAUCAUAUAUGACAUGGUGGAUUGUGUCUCGUUCUUGAGCGUUGGCAGCAAGGACAAGAAACCAUCACCUUCGUGUUGCUCUGGCUUUGAAACAGUGCUGAAUACUGAUCCCAAGUGCAUUUGUGAAGCAUUGAAGAGCAGUGCUGAAUUGGGUAUCGACGUGGAUCUUAAAAGGGCUGCCACUCUGCCUUCUGCUUGUGGGGUUUCUGCUCCUCCUAUUAGCAACUGUAACGUUUCUUUGUCUCCUGGUACAGCUCCUGGUACGGCACCAGGUACAGCUCCUGGUGCGGCUCCUGGUACAGCUCCUGAUACAGCUCCCGUUAACCCUCCACCACCACCAUCCGAUGGAGCUCCAUCCCCCAGCACACCAGAGGCGCCUGCCGAUCCAGGCACAUCAAUUACCCCAGCACCAUCAACCGACGACGGUGAUGACGUUGCUAAACAAGCUCCGGCGCCGGCCCUGUCAGGAACCUACUCUCUAUCAGCUAGUUUCUUUGCAGUCAUUAGCAUGCUAAUGGUUUCUUUCUCUUAUGUUUCAGUCUAAUUUCCUUUCUCUUUGCUUUGUUUCUUAGGCUAGUUAGUUUUGAACUUGGCAGGAUGAUCGAUCCUUAGGUUUAAGUGGUGUCUACUUCUCUAGCGCUGUAGCUCAUUGCUUUGUCUUUUAGGUUUUGAACUCAAACGAAGUUCCCUUCGUUUCCCUUUUUUGUCUAUAAAUUUCCUGCCGUUUUUAAUA